CCUCCCUGGUGGUAAGCAAGCUGUCUAGUUUUCGGCCAAUCCACUGGAUGAGAAGAAACUUUCUUUGGCGGGUUGGCUCAUUGGCCCAUAUGCCGCUCCGGCUCGGCGCUGCGGCUACUUGAGGGCCCUCAGCCGUUGCAAGACGCGAUGGCCAGCUGGGCAGAGGAGGUGCAAACGUACCAGCAUGAGAGACGGGUGAAACUGCACCCGGACCUGUUCAAAGGCCCCACUGUCGGCUAUGUGCGGGGGGAGACCAGCAAGCGCGAGCGGAGCUUCAACCCACUGCUGGGACGAUUCCUGGACCCUCAACGGGAGCAGGAGCAGCAGAGCUUCGAGGACGAGACCAAGCGGGGCUUCCUGAACCUGGCGCGGGACGUGCAGCUGCGACGGGAGGCGCCCUUCGACCUCGUGACCCACGAGAGGAGACGAAGGUGCCGAGAGUCAUUGACUACAUGUCCUUGGACGUGGAGGGUGCGGAGACAGCGGUGAUGAAACCUUCCCCUGGAAAACUCAUCACAUCAGGGUGCUGAGCGUGGAGCGCCCCAAGGACGAGCUCAAGGCGAUGAUUGGUCUCAGGCGGGAAUUGUGGCAGGAUCUGUCCCUGAGAGCCGCGGUGCGCAUGUAGAAUUGCGUUGCAUAUGUAGAAUUGGGAAACCAUGCAGUUGGCAAAUGUUCGCUGUACGUGCAACUGCUUGUUUGAGUGUUUAUGUUCGCGGCCUUUUGCCCAGUCAAAACUAGAGGAGACACCUGCGUGCUAAGCUCGCGUGCUCAGAUGGUGCAACGUAUGCCCGUGUGUGAUCGGAAAACGGGUUUACAUGAGAUGCGGUAUUUGAGUUGAUCCUGGUGGGUGAAAUUCUUACCCAAGCACUAAUUCUUCCGACCGUCCACACUGGACAUGCUUGCGGCGAAAAAGAGCCGGAAUUCGAGCAGGCCUUGUCGCAUUGCAUUUUUACCACGCAAGGACUGAUGGUUCUGACCUCAUAUCGCUGCACAGACUUCCCACAUGUCGAGUGUAAAUGACUGCGGUGCGGUCGACGUGAAGUGCCAAGAAGACUGACCGGACAAUGAGUGCAGAAUCAUGUCAGCUGUUUCACAGCGCGUGGACGUGCAAGGACGAAACUAGCGAGGCAGAACCCUGCAGAAGUGCCUGUCUCCGUGACUCCGCGGAUUCCCCGUAGUGGUGCCAAGCCCCCCGAGAACAUGUUUUCGCUUCCAAGAGAGCCCAAGUUUGCAGAUGGUGUGAUUUAGCACCCAGGCCAAACAGCUGACUUGCAGUUCUUGCUGAUGGCAGGUUUGCUGGGCUAGGGGCUGGCCUCAUGCCGGCUGUCGUGCGAUUACCCGAUUUUGCAAAACCAUCUUCUCUGAUUCGGCUGCUUUAUGCGCGUAGGGGCCACACCAAAGAAACUU